AUGGAUAAUAUUUGUUAUUAUAUGAUUAAUAAAUCUGAUAAUAGUAUUGAUAGUUGUAUUAGUGAUCAAUGUUAUAAAUAUAUUGAUCCAUAUUCAAUUAUGGUGACACCAAAUAAUUGUAAAACAAAUUUACUUUAUUUAUCAUUUUCAUCAUAUAAAAAUUAUAGUUUAUUUAUUAAUCGAAUAAAAUGGAAAUUAUCUGAUUUAUUUCCAUCAAGAUCAAUUAAUGGAAUUCGUCUUUUGAGAAUAUUUAUUAAUUAUAUUGAUUAUGAUGAUCAACCAGUUAAUCAUAAUGAAUUAAUUCGUUUAGGAAAUCAUAUUGAUUUAUAUGAAUUAUUUAUUAAAAAUCUUCCAAAUAAUUAUUAUCUUGAUCAAUUAAUACAUUAUGAUCAAAAUUAUCCUCAAUGGUAUAUUAUCAAAGUUCAAUUUAUUUGUAAUUCAUUGAUAAUAUAUAAUGAAAAUGCAUGUUCAAGUAAAAUUGUUAUACCAUCAUUAUUUUCUCGUCAACAUCAAUUAUUUACAAAAAAACAAAAUUUUCUAUUAAAUAAUUCUUCAUUAAUAACCUAUUCUAAUAUUCAAUCAUAUGAACAAAAUCAAAAAUCAAUUUAUAAUAUAAUUAUUAUUUUAAUACCAUUAUUGAUUAUAUUGGUUGUGUUAAUCGUUUCUAUAUUGGUCUAUAGAAAUGUAUCUAUUAAACGAUGUUCAAACAUCGAUUUAACAACAAUAAGACGAAGAUCUUCAUCGAUUCCAACUUUAUCAAAUGAUCUUGAAAACAAAAACAGGUAAUUUACUUAAUAACGUAUUAACAAUAAGAUAUCAGUAAACAAAGAAUAUCUUUAUCGAUGCACUUUAGUUUUUCUCACAUAUCGAUUUACUUAAGUGUUCAAUAGCAAAGAAAUAUUGAUUAAAACAAAAAGAAAAAAGAUUUUUUUUUCAAAAGAAAUUGUCUAAUAUAUUAUUAAUCUCAAGGCAAUAUUUAACAUGAAAAAUUCUAAUCAGUUGAAAAUUUUCUUUCGUAAAAGUUGUCUAUUAUUUAUUUCUAUUAAUAAAUUUAUUAAAUUUUAACAUCAAACUGGGAACAAAAAUUUUGUUUAUAUCAUCAGAUUUCUUUUUAAUCAAAUGAUGAACAAUUGAGCUGAAGUUUUGCUGAAAAAGGGUCGACUGAUUCUUAAAAUAUUAUAAAAGUUUCGAUUAAAACGAGUUUUUGAACGAUCAUUUGACUUUUCUUUGAGCAAAAUUUUAGGAUGAUAGUUUAGAACUGAACGUUUUUUUGAUAAAUAUUCCUUUCUAUAGUCCAAAGAUUGAGUAAAGUGAUGAUAAGCAUUGAUCCGUUGGUCAUGGGGUCGAACGUUUUUUUUUGAGUGAUUUUUCUUAUUUGAAUGCUGUCUAUCGAAUAAAGGAUGAUUCAUAUCAAAAAAAAAAUUAAAUGACUUUUUAAGGUGUUAGUAAGUUACGUAUGCAGUAAAGUAUAAUAUUUAUAUUUGUUACUAUUUUAUAUUUCAUUUUAUUUAUUUAACUGAAACGUAUGAGAGAUUUACUGUUUCUUAUUUCGUCUAAUACUUCUAGAUGACAUAUAAGCAAAGUUCUAAAUAUGCAAUACCAGUCAAACUGCCUAUGCUUUUUUCUUUUUUUCUUUAGUACUAAUGAAAUGGAAUAUAAAAACAAGUAAACUUAUCAUUCGAUAUUACUGUCUUGCCAUCUCAUAUCACUAUUGCUAAAGAAAAAAGAAUACGAAAAACAUAACGAAGCAGUUUUACUACUAUAUAAAUCUUUGAAAUUUUAUUUUCUCAUCAUCUAAAGAUAUUGAUCAAAGAAUGAGACAGCAGAUGUCCGAUAUAUUUUAAUUAAAUAAAACAAAAAUCAAAUAUAAAAUACUAAGAAAUAUUAAUAUUUUACUUUAUUAUAUAAAUACAAUUAAAUAAAAGGAAAAGAAACAUACUAUCGUAACACAAAGAAGUGAUUGUUUAAGGCCAAUCUUGAAUUUCAACUAAGCAUGAUUUUGUGUGAAUUAGACAGAAGUCUAAGAGUUAAAUAAUUCAAUGUCAAAUCGAGAUUUGUUUAGGUCUAUCUAAGACUAAUCUUAACGUUAGAUUGGAUUACCAAAUAUAUAUGAACAAGCAGAUUUUUCUGAAAUUUUUAUAUACCAAAUGUCUGAAGCAAAGAAAAGGAAGCGUCGAAAAAUGAUUUUUGUCUAGACGUCCUUUAUGGAUAGCCAAAAUGGGAAAAACAUCUGCAUAUCUGUUUUACUCAAUAAAAAAUAGAGAAUAAUAAUAGAUACGUAAAUAGAAAACAAGGUAAAAGUAAUAUAUGUCUAAUUCAUUUAGGGAACGAUUCACUACACGAAAGUAUAGCAUUAGGAAAGCAUAUCAGCAUAAGAACCUUGAUUUAUUAUUUUUGAAAAUUCUAAAUAACUAGAAAACCUAUCAAAACUUUCUUGGUUCUCUUCAUCAUCAUGAAAAACGGUAUAAUUUGAAGAAAACUAAGUUAAAUAUUGCAAUUUUUGAUUUUUUUUUCUGUAGAUAUCACAUUAGUAUCGGAAACGAAUUUAUAUAAAUCUGAAAAGAAAAGAAAUCACGAAGAGAAAGGAUGUUAGUCAACAAACAGAAAAAAUAAAAAAUAGACCAGAAUCGGAUCAUUAUUUAAAUAUAAUUUUUGAGCUAAAAAUACAUUUAAAAUCUCACUUGCAAAGUGUACAAUGUACACUCUGCUUUUUGAGACAAGUGUAUAGCAGCGUGUAUUUUCAAAACUGCAAAUGUUUGUACAUUUUGCUUCUACUGUGCACACUUGCCAUUAAAAACCUUGCUAAUACACUAUUUUAAUGAUGUCCGUUCAUUCAUACUUCCUCAUUGAUCAAAAGCAAAGCACCAAUAGUUAUUUUUUUCUUUUCCUCCGCAUCUGCGCACGAUGAAUAGAACGAAAAAAAAAAUUCUACAUCCGACUAUCACUCCCUCUUUCGUACUCCCCACGUCAUUUAUCGACGUAAAAGAGCCAGUUACUUUUUUUUAAGGCGGCUGACUGCACGAAGUGCAGUCGCCGACUUAUUGCUUUUCACUCGCUUAGUUGCCAUGGUAAAUUCUUCUUCUUCUUCUUCUUCUUCUCCUUGUUCUCGACGCAUGAGUCACGAUUCAAGUCAGCCACUCGUUCUCAGCUCCCACGCAUCAUUUUGAGUCGAAAAAAAGUUUACCGAGAUCGUGAGAAUGUGACGAGUGCACAUCUGAAAUCCGUUUUUCAAAAUUCGGUACCGUUCGGAAGAUAUAGAAAAUGUCGAAAAUGAUAAUUAACAGCUGAUAGUUUCCUUAUAUGGCUGUGCAUGAUUCAAUCUUAGAUGACCAUUCUUAUCUAAGAUGUCAAAUGCAUACAUAUUUUAAUUAUCGUCCUGUAUGACUUAAAUUCAUCCAUGAAGGAGUCUCGAACGUUCAGAAAAUGUUUACACGGCUUAUACAGAUAAAAUACGAAGAAUGAUAAUAAACAGCUGAGAGCUUCCUUAUAUGGACAUAUAUGAUUCAGAUUCAUUAUCUCUCUCUCACUUGUCAUCUGAGCGAACAUAGCUGGACGCAACUGAAAUUCAUUAUGAUUUCCUUUACGCAAGCCUUAACUUUAGAAUUAGCAGAUGUCGUUUACGAUCGGAUUUAGAGAUCGUCGGGCAUUGCGCAGUCAGCCGCCUUUUUUCUACUCGAGCAAAGCUCGAGUGGCAGUCUAGUCUU